GCGCAUGCCCCCCAGCACCGCGCCCGCCCGCGGGGAGGGGGGCGGCGCCGGUGCCCCAGGCUCCGGCUCAGGCCCCAACCCCGCCGCGCUGCCCUCCGGCCUCCGCGCACCGACGGGGCGGGGAGGCCAUUUUAAGGGCGAUUCAUCCCCUCCCCACAGGGGCUACGGUGCCCCGGGGCAUGCGGCCGCCAGCCGACCCCGUGGAGAGGCCCGGGCUCCGCGCGCCGCUCGGGCUGGGGUCCUCGGGCUGCCGGGGCCGAGCGCGCUGGCUCCUGCCCGGCGGGGGUCCAGGAGCCUGGGGCGCGCAGGGUGACAGCGAGCCAGAGUGGGGCAGAGCCCGGGUGUCACCACUGGUGCCCCCCUGCUCCACCCCAGCAGACCCCCCCCUGCUCUCCUGGAGCUGGGAGAGUGCCCAGGUGUCCUGGCCACACUGAGGCUCCUGACCAGCAGUGUCUGUCCCGUACCCCAAGGCCGGGCCGCUAGGAGCUCUCGGCAAGAUGGGACAGCAGGGAUCGAGGCUCAGGGCCCAAACUGGGGUAGGGCUGCCCCCACACGAGGGUCCAGCCCAUUGCAGGUAGGUCUCUGUCUGCCUAAUCCUGCGCCUCUCCCAUGCCUCUAGGCUACUGCGUGCAGUUCUGCCAGGCACCUGCCCGCAGCCCCCUCACACCCACGGCCUCAGCCUGCCCUGGUGUUGGGGCACUGUAACCUGGCGAGCAGGUGUGGGAGUGGCGGGGAGGUCAGUGCUGUGCAUUUCCACUCCCACAAACCUUCGGAGCAAGAACCAGGGAAAUUCCUGGCCAAGGAAAAUUCCAAGAAAGAAAACCUGGACACUCGAGUCCUGGGAGGGCCCUACGUCUUGGUCCAUCUUGCGUGAAGUUGAGGCAGGUGCCCCCCCCCCUUCCUCCCCCCACAAGGUGCCCCAGGCACUGUUCUGCACCAGUGGCACCUCCUUGGGAGUUGGGGGCUGGCCAGGUGGAAGGGGCUGUAAUUGCUAGAAGCCAGGAAAGGGAGAGGAUGGGGUCCUGGGAUCCAGUCCUGUCUGCCUGGUGGGGAGCCCAGCAGCUGUGGUCUCUGGGAAUCUGUCCCAUCCACAUGGAAACAUGUCCGAUCCAGAUGUUUUCACAGGGCAGCUCAGAUUCUUCCCAAAACUAAUGUCUCUGAAGAUCUGCCCCCUGCAUCCCAUUCCAUUUGUGCUCUGGGCCUGGCUUGGGGGGCCUUUAGGGACUGCAGGGCCAGGAAGGAAUCAAGAGUACUGGAGAGCCAAUUGGGAUGCUGUGGUGGGGGAGAAGAAGGGGGAGGGAGAGUCAGAGGCAGUUCAGGGUGGCUGACGUAGUGGCUUCAGGUCAAGAAGUGUUUCUGUGGCAGGGUCUGGCAUGGGCUGACCUCUCCUUUUUCCUCUGCCUGACAGUGUCUUGUGAGGGGAACGAGGGGCUGUGCCAGCCCGGGACACUGGGCCGGCCGGUGGGACCAUGAACGAGCGGACAACCUGUAGGCGGUCAGGUGUGGGGGUCUGGGCAAGGUUCUUCCUGGCAGCUGAGUGGCAGUGGGGACUGUGUCAUACUGGAGGGCUGAACCUGUGCUGGGGUGGGGAGAGUCUGGGUGAGGGGUUUGUCUCAGUGCUGCAGGAUGGGCCGCAGGUGUGUUUCUGUUCCUAGGAGGAAGAGGGUGGUGGUUGGGAUGGGGAGGAGCUCUGAGUUGAGGCUGGCAGUCUCUUUUUGGGAUCUCCUGAGGAAUGGGAGUGAAGAAGGAUGAUGAGACUUACGAGAUUUCCAUCCCCUUUGAGGAGACACCCCACAUUGAACCCCAGAUCUUAUAUAGCCUCAGCCCCCCCCCGAACAACUUCGAAGAGCUGCCCGAGCUGCCCUCGCCCUCCCUGGCACUGAUGAACAGCAUGAAGACACAGCUGCACAUGGCCCUCGAGCGCAACUCAUGGCUACAGAAGCGCAUCGAGGACCUGGAGGAGGAGCGUGACUUCCUGCGCUGCCAACUCGACAAGUUCAUCUCCUCUGCAAAGGUGGAUGCUGAGGACCACUGCCGCAGCAAGCAGCCCCUGCGGCGCUCAGACGCAACUGACAGCCGGAAUGGGGAGGUGACUGACAAUGACAGUGUGGCCUCCUCGCUCAGCGCCAACACUGAGGAGGGUAGCUCCACUGAGCGCAAGAAGCAGAAGCAGAAGGGAGGGGUCAACCGGCGGCGCCUCAUCAAGCCCAAGACUCGAGAGCGCCAGAGGGUCAAGGACGCAGAUGGGGUGCUGUGCCGCUACAAGAAGAUUUUGAACACCUUCCAGAAGCUAAAAAGCAUGAGCCGGGCCUUUGAGCACCACCGCGUGGACCGCAACACAGUGGCGCUGACCACACCCAUUGCUGAGCUGCUUAUCGUGGCACCUGAGAAGCUGGCUGAGGACUCUCUACUGCCCCCAGCGAUGAAGGAGCCUUCGGCAGAGCAUGUGACUGGCAAAAGCAUGGGGACCCCUGUAGCUUUUAUGCAUGAUCCCACCACCCUCAACCUUAGUGGUUCACCUGCUGCUCCAGGUAGGAGCGUCCAGUUUAGGCAGGGUCAGCUUGUGUGCUCACUUUUUGAGCUGGGGUGUGUCCAGGCAGAAGUGUUGGGGAGGGGACUGUGGUUGGGGAGGAGAUGGUUGAGGCUAUAGGGAAUCUGUUCUUUAGGUGACGGCUUCCAUGAGGGCACUACCUGGCUCAGAGGGUGGGGAAUGGGGUUAGGAGCCUUCUCUUCCAGGGAGAGUUGGCCCUUAUCCAGCCUGGGGGAGAUGGAUGGACAAAGGCUGCUUAAGGGAUGGGGGUAGGGCAGGGCCUGUCCCCUCUAGCCACAUUGCUCCAGCUGGUCAGUUUCCUUUGGAGAUGUCAGGCCAGGAGCCUUCUGACCCUGACCACAGUAGCCACAGCCCUUUUCCCAGUGAGGCCUCUUGAGUUUCCUGCCCUUCUACUGCCUGUUUUUCCAGCAGCACCAACAGCCUUGGUUGUCUGCUAGGUGGAGAGCACCAACCCCUGCAGGGAGCAGUGGUUCUUGUGUUUGCUGACCUGUCCGCACCCCCCAACCCAGGAUCUCUCCCUACACCCUGCCUGGCCCCACUCCAGGGGCAUUGUAUUUAACUCCCUCUUCUCCUUGACUGGGCAUGACCCCCCCCCCUUCCCCCAACAGCAGCGUAGAGCUGCCAAGUGUGUGCGUGUGCACAUGUGUGCGUGUGCAAGGAGGUGUGUGAAGCCGCUUGGCAGACCACCCCUUUUUACUUGGUGUAACAGACUCUUUUCCACUGUGCCUGUUAUUUCAUGCCCUCUCUCUAUGUUUAAAAAAAAGAAAGGAAAAAAACACUACAAAAAUAAUCAAUUUAUUAAUAGAAUUUAAAUUAAAAAAAUUUGGAAUAA